AUGCCUCGCAACAAAGAGCUUAGUGACCACAAUCCCGGCGCAAACUUCAAUCACACAACCUCAGUUGGAAAGACAACAACCCUCGAGGCAUUCACAGUCACAGACACCAUUAUCUCGCUAUUCUGGAAGACUUCGACUGUCAUUCUUCCCGGCUCAACAUACACAACGGUCAGUGUUAAGUCAACCACCGUCAAGAGCACUCUUAAGAUUCCUACCUCCACCACCUCCGUCACUAAGACUACGACUAUUAAGAGCACUAUCACUUUGCCUACUUCCACUAGUAGGAUCAUUAAGACUUCGACUGUGUCUAACAAACCAUCUAUCACAAUCACUAACCGAGCGACCUCCACUUCCACCGAGGUUGUGAAGGCUACUUCAAUCAGUACCGCUACUGUCACGAAGACAGCUAAGUGCUCGUGA